CUUGGGUUGGCUUGCCCAUCCCACGGCCGCCUCCACUAACGGGCACUGACCAGCUUCGUGAAGUAUGGUCAAACAACCCCAACGAGCAAUGCGGGCGUGUGGAGUGUGGCUUCAUCUAACGUACGGAUUCAUCAACACGUGCCUCAAGUCGCUGGUCAUGGAGAAGUUCGGAGAGGAGACUUGGGAGAAGCUGCGGACCAUGGCGGAGACGCAGGAUACCUUCAUGACCUACACGGCCUACAACGACAACAUCACCAUGCGCCUGGUGACCGAGGCGUGCACCCUCCUAGGGGUUGCCCCCGAGGUGGUGCUCCAUCUGUUCGGGGAGUACUUCUUCGAGUUCUGCAAGCGCUCGGGCUACGACCGCAUGCUGCGCACGCUGGGCGGCAACCUGCAGGAGUUCAUCGAGAACCUGGACGCGCUGCACAGCUACCUCACCCUGUCCUACAAGGAGAUGAACGCCCCGUCGUUUCGCGUCGAGAAGAGAGAGGACGGGAGGAUGCUGCUGCAUUAUUACUCUGAUCGCAAGGGACUGAGCCAGAUCGUGCCAGGCAUCAUCGGGGCGGUGGCGAGGGACUUCUUCUCGAGCGACAUCACCAUGGAGGUGGUGACGCACAGCGAGGAGGACGAGCGCACGGGCAAGAAGGAGCACGUGGUCUUCCUGGUCACCCAGAGUGCGUGGAGCACCGCCACGGUCGCGGCGGCGGCGGCAGCGGCGGCCGAGCGACAGAGCGUCGCAGAGGGCGGCCGCGGGGCGGAGAGUCUCGGCGUGCCGGCCACAACGCCACGGGGCAGCAGGAGGGAGAAGGCGGAGGGAUCGCAGGAACUGAAAUGCACGGAGCGUCGCUCCGUGGACGAGGGCGGCGGCGCGCCGCGUCCAGCGAAGAAGAACCACUGGGAGACCAUCCGGAGCAUCGUCACCCUGGGGAAAGGGAGGCUGCUGAGGGGCUUCCAGGCCGUGUUCCCUGACACCCUCUGGGUGGACGAGAGGACCUUCUGCAACUCGUUCCCGUUCCACGUCGUCUUCGACGAGGAGCUGCGCGUCAAACAGGCGGGCGUGAACAUCCAGAAGUUCGUGCCGGGCCUGCAGACCAUGGACAUCCGCCUGGAUGAGUACUUCACCAUCGGCCACCCGGAGGUCACGUUCACCCUCGAGAGCAUCCGCAAGUUCAUCAACAGCCAGUUCGUGCUCAAGACCCGGCGCGAGAUGCUGCCGGAAGCUCGCAGGAGCCAGCCCAUGCUGGACCUCCGAGGUCAGAUGGUGUGGAUGGAGGGGUCGCGCUCGAUGCUCUACCUCUGCUCGCCUCUCCUGCGCAGCCUGGAGGAGCUGGAGGAGCGCCAGCUGCACAUCUCGGACAUCGCGCCGCACGACGCCACACGGGACCUCAUCCUCCUCAACCAGCAACGUCUGGCCGAGAUGGAGCUGUCCACUCAGUUGGAGCGCAAGAAGGAGGAGCUGAGGGUCCUCUCCAAGAACCUGCAGGUGGAGAAGAAGAAGACUGAGGCCCUGCUGUACGCCAUGCUGCCCCACCACGUGGCCAACCAGCUCAAGGAGGGCAAGAAGGUGGAGGCGGGGGAAUUCAAGGUCUGCACCAUCCUGUUCAGCGAUGUGGUGACCUUCACCAACAUCUGCGCCGUGUGCGAGCCCAUACAGAUCGUGCACAUGCUCAAUGCCAUGUACAUGCGCUUCGACCGUCUCACCACCGUGCACAACGUCUACAAGGUGGAGACGAUUGGCGACGCGUACAUGGUGGUGGGCGGCGUGCCCAUUCCCGUGCCGUCGCACGCCGAGCGGGUCGCCAACUUCGCCCUCGGCAUGGUCCUGGCGGCGCGCGAGGUCACCAACCCGGUCACCGGCAGCGCCAUACAGAUCCGCGUGGGGAUCCACUCGGGGCCCGUGCUGGCCGGCGUGGUCGGGGAGAAGAUGCCGCGCUACUGCCUGUUCGGCGACACGGUCAACACGGCGUCGCGCAUGGAGAGCCACGGCCUGCCCGGGCGCAUCCACCUGAGCCCCAGCACCCGCGAGGCCCUGCAGGGCAAGGAGUUCGACGUGGAGGAGCGCGGUGAGAUCGAGGUGAAGGGCAAGGGGCGCAUGUCCACCUACUUCCUGCUCGGCAACCGCGCGGCGGGCGAGCAGGAGAUCCUGGGCCGCACGGGGCCCCUGCCCAUGGCCGAAGCGGGCGGCGGCGCGGAGACGGCCACGCACGCGGACGAUGGACCGGACCGGUGGAGCGUGCCCAUGAAGUACUCGGACUCGGGGGACUCGACGUCGCACCUCGGAGGCGCGGCGCACUCCUCGCCUCUCCGGUCCGGCACCGGAACGCCGGCGCGGAGUGGCCAAAGCCGUGCGAGUCUCCACACCGAGCCCUUGGCGGUCGGGCCGGACGGGUCAGACGGGCCCAGAGCGACCCCGAAGCCCCACGAAGGCCCCGUGGAGGCAGCGACGAGGAUGAACGGCUCCGCUUCCCCUGUCGACCGCCACUCGCGCCUCUGCUUGCUCCUCUGAUAUCCAGCAUGGCGUCCUCCAUCCGCUGGACUGCU